UGGAGCUGUUUUUCAACGAAAUUCACUGUGGGAGCAACAAUCCCGCAAUUACCGAAAUCGUGUGCUUGUGAGUAAAUGUUGGAAGGAAGUUUCAGCCGCAUUUGAAAUAACGGAGGACGUUGCCAAAAAGAAGUGGAAGAAUUUAAGGGACACCUUUGGCCGGGAACUAAGAAAGGUUCCAGAGUGUAGAUCCGGGGAUGCUGGUGAUGAAAGCGCCUAUUCUACCUGGCCCUAUUUUAGCAGUCUCCUUUUUCUUAAGGAUCAGAUGAAGCCAAGAAAAGCCAGCGGAAACCUCAAAACACCAUCUGCUGGCAGCCAGUCUACCGAGGUGUACGAAGAUGUAGAGGUACUGGAAGGGGAAGGGUCAUUCGAAAUGUCCGCAAAUAACCUGGAGACAUUCGAGGUUGCCGAAUCAUCGCCGCAAUCAUCCAAGACACCUCCAGUAAAAAAAUUUAAAAAGAGUGUUGGAAAGAACAUCCAUACCGCACGGCUGCUGGAUAUUGAGCAACGAAAGCUAGAGCUACUGGAGAAGAAAGUCACAUCACGAGACAGAGACGAAGACGAGGCAUUCUUCGAUAGCCUUCUCCCUCAUGUCAAAAAACUCAAUCCACCAGCAAAAUUCAAGCUGCGUAUGGAGCUACAGCAGAUUGUGCUUGAACAUGUAUAUGGUUCCACCAGCACUUCUGGAUCCGAGUCGACCGUUCGUUACACGUCCCAAUUGGAAGAUUUUAGUGAAUGAUGUUGUGCAUUUAGUUAUUUCUAUUAUUUUAUUAGUUAUUUUUUUCUUAAUAUAACUUUCAAAUAUACCAUUGAAUUCUCAUUACCUAUUCUUUGUUUGCACUUGCCAAAGAUAUAUACUCAUGCAAAAAAAGCUUUCAAUUAAUGACUGCAGGAACUUUAAUAGAAUACUAAGUCUAAAUGUGGUUCAUGUUACAGUUCGAAUAUAGAGUCAAUAACGAAAAAAGAAGAUCAUUAAAUAAUAAACAAAACUCUGACAUUAGCAAAUAGCGAUCAGCCCACUGUAGUUUGUU